AUGAUGACCUCAAACCCGAACGAUACAUUAACCUCCAAUGAUACGUUAACAUCUGAUGAUUUUGAUUGGGUUAUCCCUCGGCCAGUACAAAUGUGGUUAUUAACUAUUAUCAUUAUACCAUCAAUUGCAUGUUCGGUUUUUCAUUUAUAUCAUCUCAUUAGCAAACGUAUUCUACGAGAAGCAUUACAUAAUCAUCCAAUAAUUGCUAUUAUUUGUACAAUAUUUCUUCUGCAAUUCAUCGAUAUUCCAUUGUAUAUAAAUUACCUUCGUCUAGGUUAUGUUUGGCCUGAAACAUCAACUUUUUGUAUUAUUUGGUAUAAUACGGAUGGGCCUCCUAUCGGCGUUUUGAUAAGCGUUAUCGCUGAAGCAUCAUUGGGAAGGCAUAUUUUGAUUUUUCAUGACAAAUGGUUAUCGACUCGAAAGAAACGAUUAUUGUUCCAUUAUAUUCCACUAAUAAUAACCAUUGCGUAUCCAUUAAUAUAUACGCUUUCAGCUCAAAUAUUUUUCAAGUGCAUUGAUUCAUAUCCGUACGAUUACACUAAGGUAUGGUGUGGUUAUUAUCCUUUUUGUAAAGACAAUACAUUUUUUGAGCAAUCGCUUUUCUAUGGUAAUUUAGUUGGUGGCACUAUUAUCGCUAUUAUAGCGGAUAUAGCUCUUAUUGUACGAUUAAUUUGGAAAAGACAUAUUCGUUUACGUCAACCAUUUGUCUGGAAAAAAUAUCGUAAGAUGACAAUUCAACUAUUAUCUGUUUCAAUAUUCUGCUCCAGUUUCAACUUACCUAUGCUUGUCUACGGUGUACUAAUGCAUGAAGGAAUUAUACCAAAUAUCAAUUCCAAUGGACUUUAUAGUGUCUAUUUUAUGAAUUGUUUUGGAUGUUUAUUCGUGCCAAUCGUCAUGAUACGUUCACUUCCCAAAAAAUAUUGGUGGGAAAAAUGGUGGAAGACAUUAGUUCGUAGACGACAACGUCAAUAA